AUGGUUUCUAGCUCUGACGAUGUUCGUCAAAUGAGUGAGGAAAGAUCAGCACGGAGUCAUCGGGGUCGUAGGACGGUGAGUCGAGGUCUACUUCGCACAAUUCAACAGACAAAAGGCCAAAGCAACCCUCCUUCGGUAUCCGGUGAGGCCAAUCUACAAAUCCCUUCGACCCUUCUUCUCAAACGAAAUGAAGGAUACGCCAGUAUCAACCUUGAAGUUCUCUUCUACUUAGUGCUUCAAAUGGCAAGACUCACCGAUGCUGCAGAAUACGAUGCCGGAAAUCAAGCGAAGACGUUCUCACUAAGUCAAGUCUGCUCGAAGAAACCAGUACGACUUUGGGGGCCUGGCAUCCACGAAGCUGAGGGGACGGAUAGGCACAAUGGUUACGGCCAAAAUGAAAUGCAGCAGGCGACUAGGGAUAGGCGUCAAUAG